AUGGGGCCGGUGGAACCCGCGGCUGAGGAGAGGGGCGCCGCGCGGGUGAAGCGCAUCGCGGUGCCCCGGCCGCCCUCCAUCGAGGAGUUCACCAUCGUGAAGCCCAUCAGCCGCGGCGCCUUCGGGAAGGUCUACCUGGGCCGCAAGGGGGCGAAACUCUACGCUGUCAAGGUGGUCAAAAAAGCAGACCUGAUAAAUAAAAACAUGGUUCACCAGGUCCAGGCAGAGAGAGAUGCAUUGGCUCUCAGCAAAAGUCCUUUCAUUGUACACUUAUACUACUCACUUCAGUCAGCUAACAAUGUGUACUUGGUGAUGGAAUAUCUUAUUGGUGGUGAUGUCAAAUCUCUUCUCCACAUAUAUGGCUAUUUUGAUGAAGAAAUGGCAGUGAAGUAUAUUUCUGAAGCAGCACUGGCUCUUGAUUACCUUCACAGGCAUGGGAUAAUCCACAGGGACCUGAAGCCAGACAACAUGCUAAUUUCUAAUGAGGGCCAUGUUAAAUUGACGGACUUUGGGCUCUCCAGAGUUACUCUGAACAGAGAGAUAAAUAUGAUGGAUAUCCUUACUACACCAUCAAUGGCUAAGCCUAAACAAGAUUAUUCGCGCACUCCAGGACAAGUGUUGUCUCUCAUCAGCUCUCUGGGUUUUUACACUCCAAUCGGUGGGAAAAUGCAAGGACCUAGUUCAAGUCCCAUGUCUGCUGAUGCUUUGCAACUUUCUCGAGAAUUGGUUUCUCCCAUGUCUGUUGGCCAAAAGGAUUAUACUCCUGUUUCAAAUAAACUAUUGAAAUCAUGUCUUGAUGUUGCUGUCUUAAUUCCCGGGAUGCCAGUGAGGAGUUUAACUCCAACUCUCCUUCAAUCUAGGAAGAGAUUUGGUACCUCCAGUGCCAGUAGCCACUCACAUACACACAUGUCCAGUAUGGAAUCAGAAUGCUGUAGCAGCCCCAGGUGGGAGAAAGAUGUACAGGAAACUGACGAUAUACUGUGUUCUGGAACAGGCAAGGCAAAGGAAAAGCUUUCUAAUACGCAAUUACUGAAUGCAAAAGACAGUACAGCCUUAAAAAAGAAGGAACUUGAGUUUGCCAUCUCUCCCAUUGGUAGCAAUGACUCUGGCUGCAGGCAUGAUGCAAAAAUUGAGCAUUUUGAUGUAGGGGACACUCCUGUGACUGCAUCAGAUGUGAAAGAUCUAGUCAGAAAAUGUCUUUCUGAAAAUAAGGCUUGGGAAGAAAAACUUGUGGAAAGAACUGGUGUGGCUAAUGAGAUAGGAAAAUCUUCCAAUCGCCAGCAGUCAUGCUCAUGGUUGGUUGAUCCUGCCAAAUGCAUCAAAGAGGAGGACAUUCUUGAAAAGCCAGGUGUAAAAAGAAGCUUUGAACUAGUUGACACCAGUCCUUUUCAAGAACUUAACUAUGUCAAAAAAAGCAAUGCAGAAUAUAAACGCGGCUGUCAAAUCUCAGAAUUUCAGGCAAACCAAAGCACAGGUUUAACAACGGAAAUCCAGUGUUUAAUGCUUUCUGGUGAUAGAGGUCUACAGGAGACCCAAAAAAAUGAAGAAAAAGCUAAGGAUUCCAUCUAUAGGCAGCAAACAUCAGAAAAGUCAGCCACUCCAAUAAUAGCUAAGAAUCUUAUGCAUGAGCUAAAUGCAGAUUGUGAAAAAGACGGUAAAAAGGAAUAUAUUAACUCCAGUUUCUUAUGCAUUGAUGAUGAAAAACCUCUUGGAAUCUUAAGUGCAGACUCUGAUUUAUCCUUCCCUGAGAUUUCUGUUACAGAAAGCCAUUUAGAAAAGCAGCUUUCAGACCUGGAUAAGAGCAUUAAAGAACUUUCCUUUGAGGAAUCAAAAACUGAGGACAUGUCAGUAAUGUUGUCCUGUUGUCAAGAUGCCUCACCAAGAGGUGAGGAAGAGAAUGUUGUCCAGGACAGCAAGCCUUUGUGCCAUGAACAGGAUAACGUCCUGAAAUGUUUGGUUGAAACUCGUACUGACAUAAUCUCUUCUCCCUCAGAGGAGAUGAUGAAAACAUUGAACCUCCUUAAAAAAAAUGUUGUAGCUUUUCGAAGUUAUAACAGUCCAAUUAAUGUGUCCAAUGCAUCUGAGCCAUCAAGAAUUAGCAUGGCUUCUUUAGAUGUAAUGGAUCUCUCUCCUGCUUGUAGUGGCUCUUAUCCCAUGGCUAUUACCCCAGCACAAAAGGGAAGAUCUUAUAGGGUUUAUCAGACACCUAAUCAGGGAAAUGCUGACACACCAUAUAGGACUCCAAAGAGCGUAAGAAGAGGGGCUGCCCCAGUGGAAGGUGAACGCAUUUUAGGAACCCCAGACUACCUGGCACCUGAGUUGCUAUUAGCAAAGCCUCAUGGGAUUCUGAUGUCUGGUCCUGCAGUAGAUUGGUGGGCUCUCGGAGUUUGUUUGUUUGAGUUUUUAACUGGAAUUCCACCCUUUAAUGAUGAAACACCACAACAAGUCUUCCAGAAUAUUUUGAAAAGAGAUAUUCCUUGGCCUGAGGGUGAAGAAAAGUUGUCCAGUAAUGCCCAAAAUGCAAUAGAUAUUCUUUUAACCAUUGACACUACAAAGAGAGCUGGACUGAAGGAGCUGAAACAUCAUCCCCUCUUUCAUGGUGUAGACUGGGAUAAUCUUCAGAAUCAAACUAUGCCUUUCGUACCUCAGCCGGUUGAUGAAACAGAUACCUCCUACUUUGAAGCUAGAAAUAAUGCUCAGCAUCUGACUGUAUCUGGAUUUAGCUUAUAG